AUAUAAUUAAGUUGGCCGGGCAACAUUACUCAUUUAAGUGAUAGUUAACAAUAAUUAGGGAAUUAAUAAUUCACGAUGAACAGAACAAACAAGGCUGCUGACGAAGUUGAAAACCUAAUACCCAAAAAUCCUAUUCUUCCGAUUCCCCUGAUUCGACAUGACUUUAUUUAUACUCUGAAGUGCAGCAGAUCUCUGGAAGUAUCCCAGCCUUUGGUAGUACAAACAGUGUCCGGGGGCAAGUCCACGAAGAGUGUUGAUGAGCCUCAGAAAAAACCGCCUAGGCUCACCGUGGUUUCCGAACUGAGUUCCAUGAGUGAGGAGGAGUCGGAACCGGAAGUGGAGAUCCAAUACCGCUGGAACUCCCCUCGCCUGAUGAUCCUGUGCGAAGAUGGCGACAUCAACUGCGCCAUCCACUAUCUGGUUGAGUCUCUCCAGGAUCCGUUUGCCAGCAAUUCGGUGGCCACCCUUCUGUUGCAGGAAUCGAUAUUGGAGGAGUUUAUCGAUCGCAUGAAAGAUCGCUUGGAGCCCCUUAGCCCUGAGAUCUCAGCCCAUCCGGUCUUCGUGCAGACUCUGAAGCGAUUGAAGCAUCUGCAGGCCAGGACCACAAGGGGGAAUCCCAAAACGGUUCCAUUGAAUGCCAGCCCAGUGCUUGUCUACGACCUCUGUCAUCGGCAUUUAGGAAAGGGACCGACUGGGGUGAUUACGGUCCACACAUUCCGGACCAUGAAGGAGGCCAUCGAGCUGCAGUCCAAGGAGCCGUUGCCCUUUACAUCUGCCACAAUUUGGAAUGAGAAGUUGGCCGCCGCCUACGAACUGGUGGCGAGAUCCAACAUUUUGAUCUUCCUGCUGAACUGUUUCUACGUGGAUCUUGACCCAAUAAGUUUGGCCUUCACCAUGAACCAGAACUCUGUCAAGAUCGCAGAUGGCUAUCACUACGAGACGCUGACCUUUCGGAGCAAUCGAAAAGUGAUUGUCCAUCCAGUUGGGACCAUUUGGGGCAAGUUGGUCCGAGACCGAGCUCUCGGCUAAUGAUCUCUCCCUGCAAAGUGACUCACUUGAACCCAAAAUUUGCACCUUUCUACUAAUUUAAAUUUUUCGUCAUUGAUCUGAGGCCGUUGGCUAAUUGACUUUCCGGCUGGGCAACUCAAUUAGCAAUUUAAUUGCGAAAUAAGGCCACCCAUCCCUGGGGCCUCUGGUCCAUCUAUCUUCAACUCAAAAGGCCUGCUAUGCUGUAUAAUAAUAAUCAAUGGAAGUAAAAUUGUGAGUGACUCUGUAUUGUGAAAUUAAAAAUUCCUUCUGCGAAGUAA